GUGGCCACCUGUUGGGUUUAAAUGGGAUACACAUCUGCAGACAGAGGUAUCAGUCGGAACAACCAGACACAGAAAUGGCGCGUGUGCUGUGUUUUCUGGCUGUGGGACUGUUUCUGUGUGUGCUGGGACAGGUUUCAGGGACCUUGAGCAGCAAUGAUGUACUGAGGGCCAUCAGCGAUGCCAAAAGAGUCGUUGAUAAUGCCUACACUUACUCCCGUGCUGAGACUCUGAGGCGUGUGAGGAGGGGUAACACUAAUCCAGCAGACCUCCUGCGUAUGGUGAAGCAGCCACGCCGAGAUGCGCGCUCUGCAGUGAGAUCAGCUGACUACCUGGAGUACACCCUCCACCUCCUGAACGAGAGACACCACAUCCACAAACGCUCACUCAAUGCUACAGAUUUGAUCAGCGAGGAGGAUCUGGAAACUAUCGCUCGUCUGACUGGAUGCUCUGCCCGAGUACGUCAGCCUAACUGCAAGACCACACCCCACUUAAACGAGUACCGCACAGCUACAAGUGUCUGUAACAACAGGAAUUUCCCCCGCCGUGGCUCCGCUUCCACUCCCUUUGCGCGUUGGCUCCCAGCUGAGUAUCAAGAUGGCCUCUCCCUUCCUCAGGGAUGGGACCCCAUGCUCCAGCGCAAUGGAGCCCUGCUGCCACUGGUGAGGCUUGUGUCAAACCGCAUCCUUAGCACACGCAACGAGGAUGUGAUCAAUGACUCUCUCUACACACAUCUGAUCACCAUCUUCGGCCAGUGGACGGACCACGACCUCACCUUCACCCCUCAUUCUCCGAGCAUCCGCUCCUUCAACAGCGGCAUCAACUGUGACGACAGCUGUGAACGUACAGAGCCAUGCUUCCCCAUUGGUAUUCCUCCCAAUGACACGCGCUUUGGCCGCAACUCUGAUGAGUGCAUCCCUUUCUUCCGUUCGGCUCCGGCUUGUGGGACUGGCAACACCGGUCACGUCUUCGGAGCUGCCAACGUGCGGGAGCAGCUGAACACCCUGACGGCCUACAUAGACGUGGGCCAGGUGUACGGCUCAGAGGAGAAGCUGGUGGAGGAACUGCGCAACCUCACCACCGACAGUGGCCUGCUGCGGGUGAACGAGCGAUUCACAGACAAUGGACGCGAGCUGCUGCCCUUCUCUGGCAUGACGGCCAUGUGUGCCAACCGCAGGGAAAUCACCAAGGACAACAAUGCUGAAGAGGUACCCUGCUCCAUCGCUGGGGAUGAACGUGUGGACGAGAACAUUGGCUUGGCCUCCAUGCACACUUUGAUGAUGCGUGAGCACAACCGUUUGGCGCGUGCUCUGGCCCAGCUUAACCCCGACUGGACUGGAGAAACCAUCUAUCAGGAGGCCCGCAAGAUCAUGGGUGGCUACUUCCAGGUGAUCACGUUCCGUGACUACUUGCUCCACAUUGUUGGCCCAAAUAUCCUGAACGGACCAAAGAUUGGCCCUUACCCUGGUUAUGAUGAGAAUGUGGACCCGUCCAUCUCAAACAUGUUUGCCACCGCAGCCUACCGCUUUGCCCAUCUGGCCAUUCAGCCCUUCAUGUUCCGCCUGGACGAGAACUACCAGGAGCACCCACAGUUCCCCAGCGUGCUGUUCCACAGGAACUUCUUCACACCCUGGAGGCUGAUCUUUGAGGGUGGCAUCGACCCAGUGAUCCGUGGCCUGGUGGGCCGUCAGGCGAAGCUCAACACACAGGACACCAUGAUGCACGACGAGCUGCGCGAGCGCCUCUUUGAGUUCCUCAGUCACGUAGCGCUGGAUCUGGCUGCUCUGAACAUGCAGAGGGGGCGCGACCACGGCCUUCCUGGCUACAACGCCUGGCGUGGCUUCUGUGGCCUGUCCCAGCCGCGCACGCUGGACGAGCUGGCGGCGGUCAUGAACAACACGGAGCUGGCCGGCCAGCUGCUGGAGCUCUACGGCACCGCCGACAACAUCGACGUGUGGCUGGGAGGAGUGGCCGAGCCCUUCGUGGACGGAGGACGCGUGGGACCGCUGUUCGCAUGCAUCAUCGCCAGACAGUUCCAGAAUAUCAGGACGGGCGACAGGCUGUGGUGGGAGAAUGACGACGUGUUCACUGAAGCCCAGCGUGAGUCUCUGCGCACAGCGUCUCUGUCCCGGAUCAUCUGUGACAACACCGGCAUCGCCGACGUCCCAGAGAACCCCUUCGAGUUCCGCCCACGUGGCUCUGGGUACACACGCUGCGAGGACAUCCCCGCCUUUGACCUGAGCCCCUGGAAGGGAGAAGCUGCUGUGGGCCCACGCACAGGAGGGAAAGGAGAGCGAGGUCCACCUGGGCCCCAAGGCCCUCCCGGUCCCCCUGGCCCAGCUGGCAAUGCCGCUCGCGCUGCCUUCGCCUUGCGCCUGGGCUACAACUUCCCGCACCCGGGCAAGCCCAUCGCCUUCAAGGACGUCAUCUACAACGAGCAGCACCUGUACAGCACGCAGACCGGCGUGUUCACCUGCGCCGAGGCCGGCGUCUACCAGUUCGACUUCCACUGCACGCUCUACCAGAACGUGGGCAACGUGGACCUGCGGCACAACGACAAGCUGGUGCUGCACUCCUUCACCACGCAGCAGAACGGCUACGUCACGGCCACCGGGGGCACCAUCCUGCAGCUCAAGGCCGGCGACCGCGUCUACCUCAGCGCCAACUACGGCGGCAACGGCCUCACCGCCGACAGCUUCUUCUCCGGCCACAUCCUCUUCACCGUCUAACGGACACGCGUCACAUGAGAGCCACCCUGGCAUGCUCUCAUAGGCCUCUAUGGUCUGGUUUACUGUUACCUGUCCUGCUCACCCGCAUAUUCCCCUCUUGUCCUGCUGUUCCUGUCUAGUCUCUUCUCUCUCCCUUCAUCUAUCGCUCAGGUCAGGGCAAAUGAAGAUGAAGGAUGAGCACUUGAUAUGUGUAUCACAUGUCAUGUUUUAUUUUGUGUUUUAAAUUGUUUCAUAAAUGAUUGCUCUUAAUGUAUUUGCCAGCACUAAUGGUGUAUUCUGUCAAUGUGGGAGAGAAAUAGAUAAUCUUUGAAGAACACUUGUUUGCACUGAUUUAGCAAUGCACUGAAUGUGAUACUCAUGAACACAUACACUAGGCAUGCCUACUUUUCACAAAUGAAGAAUGUGAAGCUAACAGGCUAUCCGACUUUUUAAAUUAUGGUGAUUAAUUAGCACCAAUUCAGGGAUUUGAGUCAAUUAUUGCUGUUAACAAAAAAUGGGAAGUAGUUGCUUGUUGAAUUGUGUUCCUGUCCUGUCCUUUUUCCAAUAUCUUUCUUUACAUUCUUAAUGCAAUAAAAACACUAUGAAGACUAA